AUGGCCCUUGUUCACCAGCUCCACCUGUACCAAGGGGCCGCAAAGGUUUUGAUGUCACUUUCACCAUCUCAGGCCAUCAACGAUGACAUAGAAUUCUACGUGUCGAUCUUGGCGUAUUUCAUUGAUGUGCUUGUGGCAUUCCGUGAAGAAGUCAUGAUUUAUGCCCCAUGCACACGCAGCAAUUGGUGGUCAACUUGCCUUGACUAUCACUUCACCAUGGCAUUCAGCAACAACUCGCUAACCGAGGAGCAGCAGGCCAUUGCACUGGAAUCAAUAAAGCUCUCUUGGAAUGACUUCACCGAGAAGAAGAAGAGAUGCUUCCUGGUCAAACGGCCACAAGAAUCCACGACACAUUCUGAAAUGAUCGCUCGGGCAACUGUGGAACACACUACCGGCCAUAUCACGGAGAUUACAAACACCCAGCAGGUGACAGUCACACAGCUCGAGGGUGUUGUUCAUGUAGAUGAGGAUAAGGCUGGCGAAUGUUUGAUCGGGCACAAUACCUACAACAAAGGCACCAAUCUAUUGGAUGAGGAUGGAAGCACCAUCAGAAUUGGCUCCAAUGCCGACCUCACUAUUGCGACGGAGAGAGGAUCACGGCCAUCAGUACACCCCGCCGAGAGCGAGGAGAAUCAUGAUAUCAAUAUGGCAGAACUCCCUUACAUGGUUAAGGAUGCUGUCACACAGCCGCACAAACAUUUGAUGCACGGAUUUCUGCCAAUGGAUGAGGAUGGUGGCCGAGGGAUUGAAAAAUGUUCUAGACUUGAUAUUCACCCAAUGCCUGUGCAAGACAUACCGCAGAAUAUCACCUCCGCUGUAACACCAGCAUCGAACUGUAUUACCCCAGCUCUCAAUGACCAACUCAGCACAAACAUCCCAGUGGAUAAUACCGCAUUUCCAUGUUCGAUCGUACAUGAAUCUCCCGUUGAUGAUGGGUGUAGUUCUUCCUCUGUGCCGCAUGAUACAAGAUCAGUUGUCACAGGUCCUGUGAUGGCGGAGAGUUCCACGGUGUAUGGCACAUCGUCUGCGGUUGUCAGAGAUUACUCUAAUCGUGAGCACGAGGACGCUGAUGGGCUGGAGUAUAGUCGUGAAACAGAUGGUUCUCUUGGUGAGAUCAGGCCUGCUGACACAGCCAAAUAUGCCAUCAACAAUUGUAUCGGCGAUUCUUCAGCACUCAGCUUCCGCACUACUAUGGCCAAUACAAUGUUUUCCACACCAUCGAGGAUAAAUUCUCCGUGGAAAGACCUGUCUGGAGAUCAUGUACCUCCGGCUAUCCCUCAAUGGAUCAAUGCCUUGAAGAUGGUUGACAGGUCGCCUUCUCACAUCAAAGUGCUGCCUGGAGUUGGUGCAGGAUUUCGGUGGCCCAACCCUGCUCUUUUCACUCGCACAGAGAGCCCCGUGCACCAGGCCAGAGCGCUCUUCCGUUCUACAUACUGGAAGGAGUUCCUGGACAGCUUGUCGGUGGAGAAGCAGUUGAGGAGAUUUCCCCCAGAUUCAAGGAUCUAUUCCAUAAUGUACCGUGCGGGUGGUAUAGAUGAAGGCGAGGCGAGGGAGAUACGUGAGCAAGCUUUGGAUGCGUUCAAGGACGAUGCACCGGAGGCCAAGCAUGUGUUCAACUGGGUGGACGUUCAGUUCAAUGGCUGUUUGGCAAAAACCUUCGAGUUUCAUGGGCUCGUGUUUCAACUCAAAGACCUACUAAACAUCCCUCUGUCCAUCAUACCUCAAGUCAUAUGGGAAUUGUGUGAAAACAACUUCGCCGACGACGUGUUGUGGCUGGAUGCAUUGUUUAGGCGAUGUCAUGAUUCUGCCGAUGUCUACAGUUCACUACGUAGCGAGGAAGUUUACACGCUCUGUGGUAAGCAGGAGGUCAACACUCCGAUGCCAUUGGUCCGAAGGUCCUUUGGGUCAGAAAGAUGGAACCUGCGGGUGAAGCAUGUGGAAGGUUUCCAGCAGCUCAUGUCGGCCUGGCCUAAGUUCCCUGACCACCUCAAGACACCAGUUCCAACAGAAAAUGAAUACUCGUUCGAGGAGACAGAGCUGAAUGUCUUCGCCUUCUAUGCGCAAACUCAUUUUGACUACAUUGGUCGCAUUCCUGUCGUGCCUCGUCGCGUGCCAGAUAUGGGUCCAAUGUGGGUGUAUAAUGUAUACCGCAAGAAUCUAUAA